CAGGUGAUCCGCCCGCCCCGGCCUCACAAAGUGCUGGGAUUACAGGCGUGAGCCACCAUGCCCGGCCGGCCGGAUCGUAAAGUCAUUGGUAGCCCAGGUUUCCUGGAGUUGCAUCUGGGGUCACUCAGCGGCAAAACCCAUACCACUUGAUUGGCCUUUACACACCAGGCCCAGUUCAGGCGAGGGGAGGUCACAGCCAGGAGCCCGGGGCCAGCUGCUAAUGUUGUACUUGAUUCCAUAGUCAAGGAGCUGGGUAAUCGGCAAUAUCGUAACUUUUGGUGAACCCAUCAGAUGGCAACCAUUUAGCCAGAAAUGUAAGGAAAGAGAGGCCUCCAAGACCCAACAGUGAACAUAAGAAGGGGGUUCCAUACCAGCAGUUAAGAAGACAGUUUUAAUGAAGUGCUGUAUACCAUGUGUGGACUAGAGGGCAUAGAGCUUUUGAGAAACAGGAGAGUUUGCACCCACACUGGGCUCUUUUCCACCAGCAUUCACUGGGUGCUGGUGGUUAAGACUGAGGCAGAGCAGGAGGCCAGAAGGCUUUGGCCGUCUUGCAGCCUUGGAGGAAGAGAUGGCUGCUCCAGCUGGAUCCUGUCUGGAUCCUCUCUAGCAGUACAAAAACCUUAAACCACUGGGAUAUGGGUCCCAAAUCCUGUCACUGUGGGCACCGGUAAAAACCUGUUUCAGCUGGGGAUAGAGAAAAGGGAUCCCCCAGGGUACAGUACGGAGGCAGAAAACUGUCUUAGGACUAUAUCAUUAGGGUCUUCACAGCUGAGGAAGUGGCAGGAUUCCUGAGAAAGCCUGUGACCCAGGGACACCCAUCUCUUGAUCUUGCAGAUGGCAUCCCAUGCAGAAUGCAGUCCUCUGGGAGUGUUUGAGUGUGAACUCUGUGCCUUGACAGCUCCCUAUAGCUACGUUGGGCAGAAGCCCCCCAACACCCAGUCGAUGGUCCUCCUGGAGGAAAGCUAUGUCAUGAAGGACCCCUUCACCUCCGACAAGGGCAGAUUCCUGGUCCUCGGCUCGCAUUGCAGUUUGUGCAGCAGGCUGGUGUGUGUGGGCCCGGUGGGAGUGCAGUUUAUUCUACUCCAAGAGAUUCUGCCUCCCUUGUGUCCAGGAGAACAUCAGUGCUUUUCCUCAGGAAAUUCGGCAAGACUUGGAGAAAAGGAAAGCUCUGUCAAAGAGGCCCCCUAGCCAGCCUGGUUCUCGGAUGUGAGUGCAGCUGGGGCCGCACUCACCCUGCACAGAGCUCCUGGGCCAGCCUGCGCCGGGGAUGCUGCUGAGCUGGGAGCCGCCGUGCCUGGCCUUGUUUCUGGACCAUUGGGAGCAGCACUGGAGCCCAGAGGAGCUGGAGCCCAGCUUGGAGCAGCCACAGGCCCAGGGAUUUGUGCCGACAAGGUAGCCCAAAGGCAGGUGCCAGCCCAGACACAGCCAGGAAUCCCUGCACACCCCUCAGCGCCGAGGCCUGAGUGAGUGCUGCUCAGAUGCGACUGAGAGGGAUGACCUCCUUCAGUGGGGCAGCUCCUAAGAGGCCACCUGCAGGUGCAUGUGCAGGAAGAUGCCAUGCCGUGUUGGGGCCGGGGCACACCGUAGGUGACUGUAGUGGUCUUUCUGUAAAGAAAAUCACUGACAGCAGCUGCCUCUGGAGCCAGCCUGGGAGGUCUAGAGGGUGACAAAAUUUUUACUUCAUAUCCUUAUGUGAUGCUUGGAAAAUGUUUUUAAUCUUAACCAUGUAUUAUGUUUAUAAUUAAAACCCAACUAAUGUUUGAAAAAGGAAUCUUCCACUAAAACGUCUGGAUACCCGACAUUCUCCCUGGGUACUCUGGGCCUGGCAAUGGCCGGGGUCUCCUGGGAAGGUGAGUGCUGGCUUCCAGCCUCUCCAGUUCCCUCAGGCUCUGGCUUCAGCUCGGGCCCCUGCAUUCUGUCUCCCACAAUCCCAAGUCAGGAAUGCUGUGGACUUCCUGUCCUCACCUCGCACCUCAAGACCAUCACGCUGCCUGCCUGCUUGCCUCCUGCCAUCUCGAACACAGUCCUGGGUGCCUGCAAAGCCCGGCCCUACUGCCUGCCGGGAGUGCCUGCAGCACCCCCUCCUCCAGACUCCCCAUCUCCCCGGGGCUUCUAGGGUAGCAGUUGGCAGGGCACUGGUCUGUGCUCUCUGGAAUGUCUGCUUAGAGUUCUGAGAGGCAGGAGCUGCUCUGUCGUUAUAACUACUCCAGGCCAACUGUCACGUGAUGAAGGGAUGAAUAAAGAGUUUUUGCUGACUU